CGCGGCUGAUGGCGGCGGUUUCAAAGCAUAUGGGUUUUGUCGGUCCAGUUUUAGAAGGAAAAGCAUUUGAUGAAUGUACAUGUCCAGUUUGUAUCAUCAGUGCAAACGCCCGAUUUUUUUUCUACGGCAGAAUCCGAACAGUGAUGAACCAAACGAGUUACAAUGGAGGAGGAGACAUCAAUAAACUUCAAAGCAUUGAGAGCCAAGUUUCAGGAGGAAGCUCUGAUGACUGUGUCUAGAGCCAGCCGACCAGCUGUAGCUGGAAAGCCCAAGCACUUGCCUCCUCCAGGAGGUCAUUGCACCUCUAUGGUCAGCAAUGUCCACAUGGCUGUGGACAACAUGGCUCCAGUGGUCCCCAGGGUCUUCUUUAGAGAUGGACUGAGAACUUCAGGAGGGAAGAGGCCCAUUUCAUACCCCCCCCGCUCACCUACAUCUUACAGUACUAAUGGUGACGCUACAUCAAGACACUCCCUCAAAGAUAGACAGAUGCCCCUAGUGCUCCCCAUCUUACAUAAAGAGAUGAAAGCAGAUCAGCCAUCCAAAAAAGAACAUAAACUGGAGGUUGAUGGUUUGCAACAAACCAAAAGCAGGAAAAAAGGGUUGCUCCUGCCUUUCAAGUCUAAAACUGCCAAGGCUAGUUCCGAACACGGGGAAGAGCCCACAUAUGCAGAUUUAACUAGUCGACCAGCUAGUGCUCCUGGAGAGCUGCCUUCAGUGGAGCAGACCACAGAUGACAGGGCCUCACUCCAGGGCAGUGAGAAGACCAGUGAGUGCACUGUGUCCAGCCCUGACAUCACCGUGAGCCCUCCCUCUGCUGAGGCUCAUGACUCAGACAGCAGAUUGUGCAGCACACUGGACAAGGCCAAGAAGAGGUUCUCCUGUCGACAGGUGAUGUCAUCCAUUAAGCCAAAGAGUAGUUCACCAGAGAGUGCCUCCAAAAGCAGAGUCUCACCCACAAAGAGCACCCACAGCACCACGCUAGAAUUACCCGCGCCCCCACCCAUAUCUCCUCCACUGAACCUCCCCAACUUAAUCUAUAUCUCAGCCAGACCAUUUAGUAAAGGCACCACAACAUUCAAGUCUCCAUUAGAGAAGCACUUUGGUAAGGACAAAGGUACUCGUCCUUUUGCCAGAAUUGGUGAUCCCCGUCCUACAUCUCCUCAAAAGAAGCCUUUACCUGAACCGUGGGCUCUGGGGCCAGAGCCGACAAAGCCCUCCAGGCCUCCGGUGGUCGACCUCAGUAGUUACAUGCCACACACAUGUCAAGAUGUGUCACUGAAGCUGAACCACACAGUGGUACAUGAACGGGCACCAGACAAUCCCACUACAGUCCCAGUUUUAAAUGCUCCUGAGUUUUCUGACUUUGACAAUUCUGAGAUUGAAACUGCAGAGGAGAAUGAAGCUGUGCAAAUUGCCACAUUAGACCUGAAGGUACCGGACCCACCACUUGAUGCCACUGGCUCUUUAGACUUUGCAGAGCCCCACUCUAACUGGUCAGAUCUUACACAGAAAUCUGAACUAGAUCUUGGUAAUGCAAAUAUAAGAUCCCCAAAUCCACCCAUCCUUCCUGAACCAAUAAGCCUCAGUGAGUUCUCAGAGAUACUGGAACAAUGGAGCCAACGCGAGGAGCCCACUAUAGGCCCUCCAUGCUGCACUAAAGAAGCAGUAGACUGCCACUCCAUACCAGAGGACCAGGGGGAACAUGGUAACAACUUUGAAUUUGGAGUCUAUCAACAAGAAAUGCAUCAGACCAUGUGUGACAAUGUGUAUGAAGAUGUGGAAAACAUCGGCAAAUUCGCAUUGAAUCAAAGCUCUCACAAACAGAAAGGACUCAAGAAUCCUUAUGCUGCGAACCACCAUGGGAAGGAGGAGCCAGGCCACAUAUUUCAGAGGAAUACACGGUAUGGUGGAGAGCCUGGUUAUUUGUCUCACAGUCAGAUCAACAGUAAGGAAUGCCAAAGCCCAAACACUUCUGACUUCAAAGAACAAAAAAAACGUGAAAAACAGCGUCUUGAGAGAGAGAAGAAAGUCCAAAAAGAACGUGAGAAGAAGGAAAAUGAAAUGAAAAAGAAAUUUAAAGUAACAGGUGCAGAGGAGCCCAUGUACCACGCUAAAGUAACUGUAGCAAGUAAAGUCCGCAAAAAUGAUCUCCCUGUUAAAAGUGGGGACACUGUCAGCAUCAUCCGCACCACCAACUGCCCCAAAGGGAAAUGGCUGGCCCGAGAUGCUAACCAUAAGUAUGGCUAUAUUUCUGUCAUGAAUGUGGAGCUGAAUAUAAAAGAGAUGUUGGAGCUUGGGAAGAAGGCGCAGGCAGCAGGACGAGGAGGCAACAUGGAGCCAGACACCAUCAGUAUUAGCUCCUCAAGCCACCCUGUACUGUCAAGCAGCUGUGAGUUUACAGACGAUAGUGAGGAAUGGCCCUGUGAAGAUGAAACCCUGUCUCCCUCCAAUGAGAGCCUGAGUUUUCCACAACAGUCUACCCGAAUCCCAGAGAUGUCAUGUAGCCAUAAUGGCACCCAGUACACCCUGAGCGAUGCCAGCCUGGAGGACCAGCACACCCAGACAAGACAAGAGGCACUGCAGAAAUUGGCCAUUUUCUUUCAGCACAACAAAGAAGAACUAAAGGAAAAUGGUGACACAAAUGCUACAAGCCUGGAGAUGCCUAAUUUGUGUGACGUUGAGGAGCCACCAUUGCCUGAACAAGAGAUUGACUUCACAGAACUGGAGCUUCUCCCACCACCACCGCUGUACGCAGACAUAUGAUUUUCUCAACAAAAACAUUUUGACAGUUGUUUGGUUUGUGUGUUUAAAUUAUGUAAGAGGUACUAGAAUAUCACUUUUUUUUUUUUUUUCUGUUGGAUCACACCUCAAUCACUGAUUGGAACAUAUUAUGCACAUAUAUGAAGUAUGCAUUAUGUACAAAGGGCAUUGGCAUAAAGCGUAUUCACCAAAUAUGUUUGAAAAUGGUUAAUAUAUUGUUAUUUACGGGUUGUAUUUACUUGUAAUAUCAGUCUAAUAAAUAUGUUUAAAUAUUA